UUAUGUGGCCGGGGAAAACAACUAAGCCGGCCUUCGUUCCUUUCCUAAACCGAACCUCCAAUCCGAUCCCCUCAACAAAAUGCUUGGAAUUGCCUUGAGAUCAAAAUACCUAAUUCUCAUACCAUUCCUCAUAUCUAUACUUGUGGUCUCGUCCAUCGUAUGCAUACUUGUUUUCCAUUUCACAAGGCAUUCCAGUACCCGCUGCAACCCUUCUUCCUGCGGGAGCAUCCGCAAUAUUAGCUCCCCUUUUCGCCUAAAUACCGAUCCUCAAAAUUGUGGCAAUCCCGAUUACCAGUUAACCUGUGAUGAGCAAAACCGAACAGUGUUAACUUUAAAGUCCCAGAAAUACUAUGUCCAAUCCAUCAAUUACGGAAACUACACUGUCCGUGUGGUUGAUCCUGGUGUACAACAAAACAACAUCUGCUCCUUUCCACGAUAUGCUUUAGCUCACUACACUUUUUUAAGAUACUAUGACAGUUAUCCAUAUGGCAUCGCCACACCUGACAAGAUGACACCAGAUGGCGGCUGGCUAGACUCAACUUUAAUUACUGUACCAAUUAUUUUCUGGAGGUGUCCGUUCCCAAUGAAGUCUUCUGCUUUUGUAGAAACCAGUAAAGAGUGUUGGAAUGAAAGCAGUACUAAAGAUUCAUCUGGGCCUGGGGGCUAUGCUUAUGCUAAGCUAGGCUCUCUCAUUGCAUCGGAUUUAAGAAUUUCAUGCCGGGUUGAGCUCAUAACUAUGACUUCAUCUUUGCGAAUUCAAGAGAAUAAGAAUGUAAGUAGAAGUCUAUUGGAAAUCCAUGAUGCUUUGAUGUAUGGAUUUGAGCUAUCCUGGUUCCUGGCUAUUUGUAAACAGCAUUGCGGGAGUAGAGGCGGGUGUUACCUUGACUUCAAAAAUGAGAUUAGCUGCUACGGAUACUUCUAUGAUAUAUUAAUGUGGAAAAUACAGCUUGUUCUUACGUAUGCCGCCAUACUUGCGGCUAUAAUAAUCUUCGGAACAAAGAUUAUAAUUGGAUUUCCAUGCGCAAUUGUGUUUCUAAUUAUCAAAUACCGCAGAAGGCAUCUAUCAGUGUUCGAACCAAUCGAAAAUUUCCUUAACGCCGACAACAAUCUGUUCCCCAUCAGGUACUCCUACAAACACAUCAAGAAUAUGACCAAAGCCUUCAAGGAGAAGUUGGGAGAAGGGGGUUUCGGUUCUGUUUACAAAGGCAAACUUCGAAGUGGCCGCGAUGUUGCAGUGAAGAUAAUAAGCAAGCCCAACUCUAACGGCCAAGAUUUCAUUAAUGAAGUUGCUUCCAUGGGAAGGAUUCAUCAUGUCAACAUUGUUAGACUUGUUGGAUAUUGUGCACAGAAUGCUAAGCGUGCUCUUGUAUAUGACUUCAUGUCUAACGGAUCCCUUGACAAAUACAUUAACGAGGGAGCUGAUGCAAGUUUGUUGAAUUGGCAAAGGAAGUUUGAAAUUGCAGUGGGAGUAGCUCGUGGGAUUGAUUACUUGCACCGAGGAUGUGACAUCCAAAUUCUACAUUUUGACAUCAAACCACACAAUAUACUUCUAGAUGAGAAUUUCAUUCCAAAAAUCUCUGAUUUUGGUCUCGCAAAACUAUUUCCUACAUAUAAAAGCAUUGUAACGCUUACUACAGCCCGUGGAACAAUUGGGUAUGUGGCGCCAGAGUUGAUCAACAGAAGCAUUGGAGCCGUUUCACACAAGGCGGAUGUUUAUAGCUUCGGAAUGCUACUGAUGGAAAUGUUAGGCCUAAAGAAGGUCCCAGUUACCAGGCAAGAUGAGUCGAGUCAAUACUUCCCGUUUUGGAUUUACAAUGAUAUCAACAAGGGCAAGGCAAUUGAGAUGGGAGAAGAAGAUGAGGAUGAGAAGAGAAUUACAAAGAAGAUGACCAUAGUUGGGCUUUGGUGCAUCCAAACCAGUCCAAUUCCGAGGCCUUCAAUGAGUAGGGUGGUUGAAAUGCUUGAAGGAGAUGUUGAGCUGUUGCAAAUGCCAACUGAUGAUACUUUCCUUUGGGAGCCAGUUAUAGAAGUGGAUCAAGAACAGACUUCCAUGCCACAUUCAUCGGAAUCCAUAGCAUUUUUGCCCAAUUCUGUUAAUUCCGACAGCAUUGCUAUAAUUCUAGAUUAAAGUGUAAUUUAUUACUUUGGCGCAGUGUGUAAUUAAUUAGAUUCUAUGUGGCAUUAUUGCGUUCAACGUACCAUACCCCA